AUGACCCCCCGCUUGAGGUUCACGGGUCGUCAUGAAGCUCGGCAUUGUUUCAUAUUUUUUUUUUGCGCCGCUGACAAUAAUUCUUCUGCCUCUUCAAUUCAGGACAAGGAGAAGAAGAAGAAGGAGAGCAUUCUCGACCUCUCCAAGUACAUAGAUAAGACAAUCCGCGUGAAAUUUCAAGGUGGACGAGAAGCCAGUGGGAUUUUGAAAGGCUUUGACCCACUCCUCAAUCUUGUGUUGGAUGGAACUAUAGAGUAUGUGAGAGAUCCAGAUGACCAAUACAAAUUGACUGAAGACACGCGCCAACUUGGCUUGGUUGUGUGCAGGGGGACUUCAGUAGUUCUAAUCUGCCCGCAAGAUGGCAUGGAGGCCAUUCCAAACCCCUUCAUUCAGCAGCAGGAUGGUUAGCCUGGAAACGGCUCGUCACCAGAUCUCAGGAUUUCAAUUUAGUUGGUUUUAUCCAUUAGCCAAAGCUGAUGUGUCAGAUGGGACUUCUAUUAUCACCAGCGCGGGGAGGUUUCUAACUGUGUGUGCUAAACCGGCUAAGUGGUGUGGGUGGCAAGCAAGAGAUGUGGACAGAUCAAUCACAAACUCAUUGCCAAGUUAUGCAUAAUGGCAUUGGUUCUAUUACCUGUAAGCUGAGAAGUGGUGCUUUUUUUUAUAGGGCAGUGGUCACAGCAUCCAGAAAUGAAGCACGGCCAGUGCAAAUGGAGAAGUUUAAUAAGCAAAAAAAACCGCAAUCGUUUCUUGCUAUUAACUGAAAUAAUAGCCAGAAACUCUUGGCUACUUAGCAAAUUGGGCAGCUUUGGUAGAGGAAGCAAUGUUUCAGAUCGGAGACCUUUUUCCAAGGACAUUGAUCUGAAUUGUGAACGCUUUCUCUGUCCUCUGAUGCUGCUUGACCUUUAGAGCAUGUCCAGCAUUUUCCAUGCUUAUUUUCAGAAUGCUGAGCCCCCUCUGGCACUGCAGUCAUGUCAACUGCAGCUGGAUAGACCCAGCAAUAAUCACCAGUGAAAGACACUUUUGUUAACAAAACCAGCUGAUUUAGAAACCUGCAGUUUUAUACUUUUCAUUGACAUUGUUUAUGUAAAAUGAACCAACAUUUCUGGAGACGUCUUUUAUUUUCUCAAAAUACUUUUACUCAAUUCCUUUUAUAAUAAAAAAGAAAGAGAAAACUCUAAAUAGUUGUUCCAGAUGUUUGUGAAUAACAUUUCAGUAACUUGUGUUGGAGUCUUGCAUAGAAACUUUAUUUAAUGCAAGUCUUUUUUGAGAUUUGAUUUGUUCCCGUUUACAUUUUCAAGCUGGGCCAGGAUGGAUUGCUAAAAAUUGUCCAAUGUGUACAAUAAACUCUUGUUUUUCCAA